AUGUAAGGAAUAGCAACGAACUUCACGCGAGUGGAGUAACGAUACAAGUCAGCAAGUGCUCGAGAGGACCGUAUCCGUGGAGAGAUAAACGGGUGUGCGCCCCGGUUACUUUGUGAAUAAGUGUGGUUAUUAUAUUUGACAAUAAACUUUAAUUCAUACUAUAUGAAUUGGAAAUAACACGUUAUCGAUAUGGGAGGAUUACUCAGUUACUUUCGUAAUUUGCUUGGGAGUCGGGAAAUGCGAAUUUUAAUUCUGGGCCUGGAUGGAGCCGGGAAAACUACGAUUUUGUACAGAUUGCAGGUGGGUGAAGUUGUUACAACAAUACCUACUAUAGGAUUCAAUGUAGAGCAAGUUACGUAUAAAAAUUUGAAGUUUCAAGUGUGGGAUCUGGGUGGUCAAACUAGUAUACGACCGUAUUGGAGGUGUUAUUAUUCAAACACAGAUGCAAUAAUUUACGUUGUGGAUUCAGCAGACAAAGAUAGGAUAGGCAUAUCAAAAGAUGAAUUAAUUUACAUGUUGAGGGAAGAGGAAUUACAAGGUGCAAUCUUGGUAGUCUUAGCGAACAAACAAGAUAUGGCAGGUUGUUUAAGCGUCGCGGAGGUACAUCAGGCACUCGGAUUGGAUGCCCUCAAAAACAGAACGUUUCAAAUAUUUAAAACGUCCGCGACGAAAGACGAAGGACUCGAUCAGGCGAUGGAUUGGCUGUCCAACGCGCUGCAAAGUAGAAAAUGAUUAACAUUAUUGAACAAUCUUUUUUACCCGAGCCUUACUGAGAAGACUAGUCACACGACUGUCACUUUGAAUCACCCAUGCUGAGCUGGGUGCAUCAUUACGUUUAUUUAUUAUAAUUAUAUUUUAAAUAGCCUUACAAGUUCCAUCAUGAAUCUAAGCUAAAAUUUAUCAUACAUUUCGUAAUGUGAAGCACGGAAUAAAGGCGAACCAAAAAUUUUAUCUUUCUACGUAACUUAAAAUGAAAAUAAAAAUAGAAAAUCUUUUAAUGUAAGUAUUUUUUUGCACAUCGAUAUCUGGCAUUUUAUCGUUACCACAAUACUGUUUCUUUUUUUUUUCUUCAUUAUUUUAAUGAUGUAUUGACUUUUGUCACUCGUGAAGCAAUACAACGUAAAAAUUUUUUAAAUGAAUUUUAUAAGAAAAAUACAAGUUUAUUCUUGUAAUUGGCGAUAAAACUUAUAGUGUAUAUUAAAUAUAAAUACAUCACGGUUUCCUACUUCAUUAUUCAUAGACAUUGCAGUAAAAUUAAAAAUCGUUUAACGUGUCAACAUUUUGACACUGUGUGUGAAUAAUUAUGUACAUAUGCGUAACUGGUUUAAUUUCAUUCAUAUAAUGUAAGAGACACUGAAAUGUAAAAAGUUCUUUUCUACAAAAGAAAGAAAAUGUGUGAACGCAAACGGAUUUUAUUUACGAUCGAAGCACAAUAUCUUGAAUACUGAAAAACUUGUUACAUGGAAUUGCAGAAAAAAAUCUUAUACUGCCGUAAAAAGACGAGAUUUGUAUUCUAAGUGAUGUUAAUUUGAAAACAGCUAAAAAAAGAAAAGAGAAACGAAAUGUACAUUGAUAGUUUUCGUUUAAAAGUAAAUUAUUUGAUUUUUAACUGUUUCAGUUCAUAUACCAAAUAAUAAUA